UGAUUGCAUAAUUCAACAUAUCAAUCGACACUAGAACAAUGGCAGAUAACUCCAUUACCUUAUUUUCUCCAUACAAGAUGGGGAAAUUCAACCUCUCUCAUAGGGUGGUAUUGGCUCCCAUGACCAGAUGCAGAGCCCUCAAUGGGAUUCCAUUGCCAGCGCAUGCUCAAUACUAUACUCAAAGAUCAACACUAGGUGGAUUCCUCAUCACUGAAGGCACCUUGAUCUCUCCCACUUCUUCUGGAUUUCCUCAUGUUCCCGGGAUAUAUUCAGAUGAACAAGUAGAGGCAUGGAGAAAUGUAGUGGACGCCGUGCAUGCCAAAGGCAGCAUUAUCUUCUGUCAACUCUGGCAUGUUGGCCGUGCUUCACAUCCAGUGUAUCAGCCUGGUGGGGCUGCACCCAUUUCGUCCACCAGCAAACCCAUAUCAGACAAGUGGAAAAUUCUGAUGCCCGAUGGCUCCCAUGGCUUCUACCCAGAGCCUCAUGCUCUUACCACCUCUGAGAUAUCUGAAAUAGUGCACCAUUAUCGCCAAGCAGCUAUUAAUGCAAUUCGAGCAGGUUUUGAUGGAAUCGAGAUUCAUGGAGCACAUGGGUAUCUCAUUGAUCAAUUCUUGAAGGAUGCAAUCAAUGAUAGAACAGAUGAAUAUGGUGGAUCACUAGAAAACCGGUGCAGGUUCUUAACGCAGGUGGUUGAAGCUAUUGUCUCUGCAAUUGGAGCGGAAAGAGUUGGUCUCAGAAUUUCACCAGCAAUUGAUUUCAAUGAUGGCUUUGACUCUGACCCACUUGGGCUAGGCUUAGCAGUGAUUGAGAGACUCAACAAUUUGCAGAAACAAGUGAGCACAAAACUCGCUUAUCUUCAUGUUACUCAGCCUCGGUUCACACUCUUGGCGCAAACCGGGUCAGUGAGUGAAAAGGAAGAAGCUCAUUUGAUGGAGAAAUGGAGAGAGGCUUAUGAGGGAACAUUGAUGUGUAGUGGUGCUUUCACUAGGGACUCAGGAAUGGAAGCUGUUGCUCAAGGCCAUGCUGACUUGGUUUCCUAUGGUCGUCUUUUCAUCUCCAAUCCAGACUUGGUUUUAAGGCUCAAGCUUCAUGCACCUCUCACAAAGUAUAACAGGAACACAUUUUACACUCAAGAUCCUGUUAUAGGCUACACGGAUUAUCCUUUCCUCAACGGAACAACCUAAACAAAUUAAGUAACUAUCUAAGUGCACGUACGCCCUUAAUUUUAAAUUUUUAAUGUCCAUUUGGCUUUCUAUAUAAUGUUCAUAACAUCCAAAACUCUUUAGUUGAGUUUAAGAGAAGCAAAUCAGGUGACUCGUAUACUUGUUAGGAUGUUUAGAUCUUAUGCCAGUAUGCACAUUUUAAUUUCAUUCCUAUUUGUAUUCGGUAUUUCAUUUAGAAUAAAAUAACAUAAGCUAUUUGCCCUGAAAAAAAUGAUAAUAAUGAGAACUCUCUUGUUUGAUCUACA